AGUUGAUGUAACUGAAGUUCAGAUAGCCAUAACAAUGCUGCUCUUGAUAUCUGCAUAUGGUGGCACGGCGGUAUGGGACUAUAAGGUCCCUUUGGUUGGCUUAGAACUGAAGUUCUUUGCAGUUGUUGGCAUACUGUGUGGAACGGCACUUUCUUUUUUCAAUUACUUCCGUGUCAUCUUUGGUGGAGGGGUUGGAAAGAAUGGAUCUACAAUCGCAGUGGCUCAUAUGACAAAAAGCGAAAUCUGUCUUCAGGACACUGCAUUUAUUGGGCCAGGACUUCUGGUUUUGGACCAGUACUUCAACAGUUUUGUUGAUGAAUAUAUUGUUCUAUGGAUAGCAUUGUUCAUAUCCUUGUUUGAUAUGCUGAGAUAUGCCACUGGUGUAUGCCUGCAGAUUGCUGCUCAUCUUCAUAUACAUGUCUUCAGAAUUUCAUCUCAUCAAGCUCCUGAACAGGUUCAAAACCAUAAUGACUGA